AUGCAUUUUGUUAUCGCUGGAAGAAUAAAUUGUCCAAAAUUUUCUUAUGCCAUAAUGAUUGCUCAAAGGUUAAAAGAAAAUUUACCGGAUUUUUCAUAUUUGAAAAUUUGUAAAAAUGUCAAAGAAUGGGACAAAUAUUUAUUGUGCAUGAGAAAAGAAUAUAAUUGGUGUCACAUGGAUUCACCCCUCAUAUGGAGAGAAAUCGGUUUGAAAAAAGGAAAAAGAGAAUAUAUUGGUAACAUAAAUCGAUUUUUGGAUAUUUGUUACGAUUAUUACGGUAUAUCGAAAGAAAUAAUCGGUGGACAGGGAUUUAAAGAAUCCGAAAUGAAAUGGUUUAGAAAUCGUACGGAAGAAGAAUAUUAUAAAGAUAUCAAAUUAGAAGCUAAAAAAAAACGGGAAUAUAAAUCCAGGCAAAUAUGCAUAACUGGAGCGUCGUCUUUUGUCGCAGAAGUAUUAAUUAUGGAAAUACUACAACUUCGCCUUCAAAGUAGGAAAGAUGGAUUGGAAAUCCGUUUGUUUGACGAUCCUAAAAAAAUGGAAAAAUUAUCUCAUUCAGCAAGCGAUGCAAAUUUUUGUCCUGGUUUGUCUGGUUUUGGUAAUUGCAGAAUUGCACACACUUUAAAAGAUGCACUCACGAAUAUCGAUCUCGUUAUUGUUUUGGAUGCUUUUUUCAGAAAACCCGAAGAAUCUCUUGCAAGAUGGCUUAAAAGAAAUCGUAACGCUAUGUGUGCUCUUGGUAAAGCUUUAAAUAGUUACGCACCACCUCAUUGUCGCGUCAUUAUCGGAAGUCCGAGCAAUCAACCGAUUUGUUACAAUGCAACGGUUUUAGCCAGUUUUGCGACAAAACUUCACGUUCGAAACAUUGUCGCAGUUACGCAAGAUUUAGGAAGGGAAACUUUAAGAUUAGUAUCGUCCAAAAUAAAAGUACCCACAGCGGAAAUGUAUUGUCCACCCGUUUGGGGUUUUAUCGGAUUAAAUAAAUUUGUCGACAUUCGUAAAACGUUACAAAAUAAUGUUUAUAAAGUACCCGGACUCCGUAAAAAUUCAACAUUGCCACAAGGUUCGGAAGAAUUUGAAUUAAGAACGAUCGAUUGUUUGAUGACGGAUUCUGAUACUUGCGACAUACUCGUUAAAGUAUCCGAACAUAAGUCGGAAUCUUAUCCUCAAUUGGGAAGAUGGCCUUGCAUGGCAAAAGCAACGGCCAUUAUCGAUUUAUUAAAACUUUGGGGUCUAGAACAAAAAGAUGGAAAUGAUGAAAUUAUUUGUUUGGGAGUUUAUUCGGAUGGUACAUUUAGCAUACCUCACGGCGUUUAUUGGUCACAACCCGUAAUAUUAAGAAAUGGUUUUUGGAUGCCAUUUCCGGAUUAUCCGGUACCUCGAGACUACGAUUUCAACGGAUAUUAUUUAUUUUUAGCAAGUUUGGCUGCUUUAUACAGAACGAAAAUAAAACCCAGACGAUAUAGUUUUCCAGAUAAGAUAAACAAGAAAACAUUAAAAAAAUUUAAUUUCGAUAAAAUAAUUAAAGAAAUGGAAAUGCCGGUCAUACGAACGGAUGCGGAAUGUGUGGAAUAUUUAAAAAUUUUAGCCAAAAACGAAUUGGGAAUCGAUUUUUCCGAAGACGAUGAAAAUUUAGAAGAAGAACCGGAAGAAAUCAAAUUACCCGAACCCGUUAAAAGAGAAGAAUUAUAUUGCGAAUGUUGGAGAAACGAAUUGAAAGAACUACAAAAAGUUAUUUUUUAUAGGCCUUCGUCGACGGAAAUAGAAAUUGAUUUGAGCGAUAACGUUUCCGGUUCCGAAUGGUCGAUCGUUAAUCCAAAUUCAUCUUAUCAUUCGAUUACAAACAAAUUCGUGAAUGAAAAAAAAAAAAAUGAAAAGAAAAUGAAAGAAAAGAAAAACGUUGAAGAAAAACCGGAAGUCGUGGAUAAAAAAUCGGAAACACUUCAAAAAAAAUCUUCCCCGCAAACGGUAUCGACGGUUUGUUCCUGCGGCGAAUUGUCAACCGGUUUUAUAUGCGAAUGUUUAGGUACGAAGAAAUCCGUGGAAGGUGAAAAUAUAUCGACGGAACAUUUUUACAAAGAACAAAAUGCAACCAUUUUCGAAGAUGACCUCAAAGAUGUCAUCUAUGCAGACACGUAUGCAGAAGAAAGACGGGUGACGUUUCAUCCGGACGAUAUGACAGAAGAUAAAGUGAGUCAAUUACCGAGAAAAUUCUAUGGUAAAAAAGAUGCCAUACGAGAUCCCAAAGCGGUUUCCAGAAUGAAAAAAAUAAUAUUUAAUUACGAUGGUGGAGAAGGCGGAGAAGGCGGAGAAAGUGUCGUGGAAAAAGAAAUUAGUGAAACGAGCGAGGAAAGUGAAAAAAAUUCGGAUGAUAAAAGUGUGGACGAUCCUAAAUUUCACAUAAAAAUCGAUGGCGCGUCCUACGAUAUCAUCGGUGAUAAAACCGGUUUUGAAAAUUUAGAAAUGCACAGAGGUGAUAAAAGUAAAACAUCGGCAAAAAGUUUUAGAGAUAUGUACACGGAUGAAAUACCUCCUUCUCUUCAAGUCAUACCUCCUGAUUUUAUUAAAUCCGAUUCAUUUACCGAAUCUGAUACUCCUGUACCUGAAGAAACCGAGGGAAUGGAAUUAAAAAUAAAAAGUUUUAAAAGUGUACCGGAAAGCGAAGAAGGAGAAUGGCUGGGAGAAAUAUCGAUAUCGACACCGACACCGAUUUCAAUAGAAGAUGAUGUCGAUGCUGUUUUCAAAAAAGAUUUCUCUUUAUAUAGCGAAGAGGACAGAUUUAAUGAAUACAGAGGAGAAUAUGAUUUUUUUAUUGAUGGAGACAGAGAAAAAGGAGGAUCAGAAGAGGGAGAGGAAGAAGAAGAUGACAAAUUUUUAAAAAGAGGAAAGGUACCCAAAUGGAAAAGAGAAGGAAUACCUUUGUGUUGUUUGUGUCGGUGCGUUUUACCCGAAGGAUUGCCUUGUUGUCCUUGCGGUGGAACAACAGUCGUUGAAGUUUUCAAAAAGGAAUCCAUUGCGGUUUACGUACACAGCGAAGACGAUAUGGAUUACAGAAUCGAAUAUUUGGAAAAAUACAUUCCGCCAGAAUCGAUUGUUUCGUCUGAAAUAGUACAGGAAAUAAUUGAAGAACCGAAAGAAGUAAAAGCACUUCCGCCGGAAUCGUUUUUCCCAUUUUCACCCAAGAUACCAAACGUAUUUAAAGAAAAAAAAAGACCCGAAGAAUUAACAAAAAGUUAUUUGAAAACAUUGAGAAAUGAUCCGGAACCGGAAAUGCCGAAAAAAUGCGCCGAACUUUUAAAAGAAGCAAGAAAACAAAUGGAACAAGGAUUAUACAAAGUGAAAAAUAAUUAUAAAGAACUCGACGAUGAUUUGAAAAAAUUAUUUAUGGAAGCGUGCACGACCGAAGAAUCCCCCUGUAAAGCCGAUUAUUCAAAAGUUAAUUUAUUUCUUCCAGAUGGCAUUGAAGACUGGAGAUUAACGGUUCAAACGAAAUAUCGUGAAUGGUUUUACCAAGGACCAAAUCUUAAAGAUGAUUCUUAUUAUGAUAUAGCAGUUGAAGAAAUAUCAGAAGAUGAAUUUGAAAUCGAUAAAGAACUUGAAAUUUAUUUCGAAAUGUGA